AUGGCACAGCAACAGCUCGAUCCUGACAGCACCUCCAAUGACCAGCGAAUCUACGAGGACUCAGAAACCAGGAUACUGGGGUUAUCUUGGCAUCCCAACUCAGAUAACUUCGUCUUCUCAACCAAAUCAUCGCAGAACUUGACCGUCUCCAAGCGGAUUAUUCUCUCAGAAAUUGCUCAGCUCUACGGCCCUCUCGGAUUUCUCUCUCCUGUAGUCAUCAGAGGAAAGAUGCUCCUACAGGAAAUUUGGAUUGAGAAGCUUGGUUGGGAUGAUGACGUUUCGCCUCAAAUAGCACAUCGAUGGAAUAGCUUUCGUCAGGAUCUCAUCUCGUUGUCCAACGUAUCUAUACCCAGAUGGAUUGGAUUGCUCCAGACCUCCGUUCUUGAAAUACACGGAUUCUCAGACGCCUCUCAGCUCGCGAUGUCAGCCGUGGUCUUUCUCACGGUCUUCAAUAAUAAUGAAGAGUCUUGCAUCUCAUUGAUCUGCUCAAAAACUAAAGUAGCACCUCUCAAACGGCUGACUAUUCCAAGGCUUGAGCUCUCAGUUGCUGUUCUUCUUGCUAAGCUCGUAUACUCUCACCCUUCCAGAUGGAAGGAGUUCGUUAGAAAUCGUGUCCAGCUCAUCCAGGAAUUGACGGAUGCUCAGUGGAAGCUCGUUCCUGGCAAGGAGAACCCAGCUGAUUGCGCAUCUCGUGGGUUAACCACAGCUCAACUCGCAUCGCAUAAGCUAUGGUGGCAUGGUCCAUCAUGGCUAAAGAAGAGCUCAUCUCAUUGGCCAUCUCUGGAACUCUCUUCAGUGGCAUCAGCUGAUCUUGAAGAGAAACCUGGUUUAGUGCUCAACGUCAAAGUCCAGCGCCCAGAAAUCUCGGAUUUAGUACAUCGCUAUUCCUCGCUCAGUAACCUGCUCAGAAUUACUGCUCUCUACCAUCGUUUUAUUGCUCGUCUCAGAAAAAUUCCAGAAUCUUCGUUAAAGACAGCUCUCAACCCUAGUGAUAUUGAACAAGCUGGUCUCUUCUGGAUCAAAGCUAGUCAGUCAGCGCAUUUCUCGUCCGAACUGAUGACCUUGUCCAGAGGGCAAAAACUCAGACCUUCUCAUCCGCUCACUCGAUUGACAGCGCAUAUUGAUCACCAGGGGAUUCUUCGCGUUGGCGAACGUCUCAAGUUUGCUCAGCUCGACAAUGAUAGCAAACAUCAAGCUGUCAUUCCGAAAGAGUCUCAGUUUGCUCAGCUCAUUAUUCGGGAUGCUCAUCUCAGGGCUCUUCAUGGUGGAACGCAGCUCACGCUUGGUUAG